CUUCCUCCUCCCUCAGAGCGCGUUCUUCACGAACAUUUCCUGUCGCGUUAGUGACUCACGUCCAUCUCCGCGCGUUUCCUCUCAGCCGAGGGAGGAGGAUGAGGCUCGAGCCGAACUAACAGUGUACACCCGGGGUCAGACGGAAUGGAGCGGCUCGGUUCCGUCGCGUUCGGAUCGCUUCUUCUCGUGUGUCUGCUGUCUGGUGCAUCAGCUCUGUUCAACACAGCCAAUCCAGACAGAGUGUGUAAGUCAUGUGACCCUCAGCCGGCAAACUGCAAGGCGAAUGAGUGCAACGUAAACUGCAGCGUAUCAAGGCCCUGCCCGAGUCCAAAUGUCUGCGCUGCCGUCUGGUGGAGGGAUGCUGGGGUCGUGACGGUGGAGACGAAGUGUCAUGACCCGACACAGCCAUUGAGAGAUGUGAUGCUGGACGACUACAGCAGCUCGGACUGUGUGCUGUCGAUCAGCAACACGAACCCUAACAUCCGUCUGUGCGCCUGUACGGGACCAGAGUGCAACAAACACAUUCUGCUGGAAAAACCCGAUGAACGGACAUUGCCUACAUCAGAACCUAUAGGAGGGUUCAGACUCCCUCAGCUCUGUAGGUUCUGUGACAUUGAUUUUACCGUGUGUAACGCCACCGGUGUCUGCAAAUCCUCCUGCAACCUCUCCUCCAUCUGUGAGAAUCCCAGUGAGGUCUGCGCCAGUGCCUGGAUGAGGAAAAAUGGGAGUCCCAUCAUGGAGACGGUGUGUCACAAUCCAGCGGUGCGCUUUCACGGUCAGUAUCUGACAGACUACAACAACACCAUCUGUCAGAUGAAGCAGGUGAAGGGCAUGGAGGAUUUAUACAUCUGCUCCUGCAAUGCAGAAGAGUGCAACGAUCACCUCUACUUCACUUACGUGCCACCUGAUCCUAGAGACCUUGAGAAGACUCUCCCGCUGUUGGUCACUCUGGUUCCUGUGCUGAUCGCUGUCGUCGUUCUCCUCUCGGCCGUCUACUACUAUCGGGUGUUCCACCAGCAGAACCUCAAAGCGCCCAAAACCAAAGGCAUUGACAGCGAGACCUGCGCCAUCAUCAUGAGCGACGACGACCGAUCCGACAGCAACUCGGCCAACGCCAACAGCCUAAACCACAACACCGAGCUGCUCCCCAUCCAGCUGGACGCUAUAGUGGGGAAAGGCCGCUUUGCUGAAGUCUACAGAGCCAAACUCAAGCAGGGAGCGACGGACGAAUCCUUCCAGAUGGUAGCGGUCAAAAUAUUUCCCUACGAAGAGUAUGCAUCGUGGAAAACAGAGUGGGAGAUUUUCUCCGACGCCGAACUUCGGCAUGAAAAUGUGCUUCAGUUUUUGACCGCCGAGGACCGGAAGAUAGAGCGACGCUAUUGGCUGAUAACGGCCUAUCACGAGCGAGGGAACCUGCAGGAGUUCCUGACGCAGCACGUGAUUGGCUGGGACGAGCUGUGCCGAUUGGGUAUGUCUCUGGCGAGGGGCGUGGCUCAUCUCCAUGCUGACCGGACGCCGUGCGGACGCCCUAAAGUGGCCAUCGUGCACCGCGACCUGAAGAGUGUGAAUGUGCUGGUGAAGUCGGACCUCAGCUGCUGUCUGUGUGACUUCGGUCUCAGUCUGAGACUCCAUAACUCCAUGACUCCUGAAGAACUGGCCAACAGCGGACAGGUGGGGACGGCCAGAUAUAUGGCUCCUGAGGUGCUGGAGUCCAGGAUGGACCUGGAGAACAUCGAGUCCUUCAAACAGGCCGACGUUUACUCCAUGGCCCUGGUUCUGUGGGAAAUCACGUCCAGAUGCAGCGCUAUCGGAGAUGUGCGGGAGUACGAGCCUCCGUUCGGGAAGCUGAAGGAUCAUCUGUGUGUGGAGAGCAUGAAGGAUGAUGUGAUCAGAGACCGACUGAGACCCGAGAUACCGGCCAGCUGGACUAACCACACGGGCGUUCAUCUGCUGAGCUCCACUAUAGAGGAGUGCUGGGAUCACGACCCCGAGGCGCGUGUGACAGCGCAGUGUGUCGUGGAGAGAUUCGGUGAAAUCAGCAGCGCUGUGAUCUCGCCCCUCGACACCGACACCAAGAGCGCACAGGAUUCUGGGAACGAUGAGGAGGAGAUCUGAGCCACAGACACCCGUCUGUCCAACCAGCUGAUAAACAGCCUUUUAGACAAAGUGACAUUUGCACUUUUCAGGAACAACUAAACACACCAAAUCCACACAUGUGUACAGCACAGGUGAUGCUUCCUUCUCUAUGAACUCAUUCUCCAUAUCCAGAGCGAGUGUAUGACGCCAGUCGCUCGUUAGCAAUCAUUAUAAGCUUCAGGGAAAAUCUGCUUCGCUGACGUGAAACAGGCAAACACAGAGGAAGUCCUGACGCAAAGGAUUCUGGGACAUGUGAACUCAUACCAAGAAAAUCCAAGAGACCCUAUGUGAAUUUACAGUAUUAUAAAGCCGCAAGUUGAUUAUGAGCGAUAAAUCUGAUCGAAUCCAGCUGAUUUAAGUUUUUAAUAAAGUGCUGUCAAACGAUUUAUCGCUUUCAAAAUAAAAGUUUUUGUUUGCUUACUAUAUGAGUGUGUACUGUGUAUAUUAAUGAUGCUUUUAUACAUACAAACACAUGCAUGUGUAUAUAUAUAUAUAUAUAAGACAUUUUUUAUGUAUUAUAUUUUUAUAUAAAAUAUAAGAAUAUAAAUGUAUAUGCAUGUAAAUAUUUUAAAAUAUAUACAUGCAUGUGUUUGUACUUAUAAUAUACAUGAUAGAGAUAUACGGUACACACUUAUUAUGUAAACUAAAACGUCAUUUUGGAUGCGAUUUAAUCGUUUAACAGCACUAAAACUAACCAAAGAGAACUGUGAGCCAAAGACGAUCUGGAUUAUAGAGAUGAAAUAUGAAUUCUGCUGAUUUUGAGACUCUCAGCUGAAGCUGUUUGUUUAUUAAUGUGAAAAUAAGACUUUUACCCACGUGCCUUACAGAGCCGAGGUUCUGUUGACGAUCAGAAAACGAGGAUCUGAAAUAACAACUUCAGCGUCUGAUAUCAACAGUUAGAAAAGCCAAGAAAAGAGCACUUUUUGCAUAUAUGCAUAUAUAAUCAUUGUGUAUAUUUGUUACAUUUUUUUUAUAAAACAUCAUAAUAUCAUUGUUUGUGAAUGUUGUUUAUGGACUGCUUACACACCGCAGCUGAAUAUAGUGCUUUAACUCAAAUUAGUUGCACACAUUAUUUCAUGUCAAGUCAACGUGCACAUUCGUAGCAGGCCAAAACGAUCAAAAUAUGCUCUUCUGUUAUUCUGAUUUCUGUUAUCAAAUGCUUUUAUGCAAGGAAAGAUUACUCCAUAUAAUAAAAUCUGUAAAGAAACCAGGGAUUUUGUGAGGAUGAUUUGAGGCUCAGACUCUGCCUCCUGCUGGAGAGAUUCAGCAUCACACAAAUACGAAAUAAUAAGAGUUUGUGUUUAUUAGCUGCUCUCACAAUAACAUCAGUUUUCGCUUAGAUUACCAUCGUUUCAAAUAUGUAAUAAUUCAUAUAUUAUAUGAUGGUUUUUCAUAUUUUAAGAUUGAAAGCCAGGUUUCGGAUACAAGUAAAUAAAAAAAAAAAAAUCAAAUAAAUAAAAACACCAUACAAAUGUGAAUUAAUUAUUGCAUGUUUGAAAUGAUAUUAAUCUAAACUAAGAGUGAAACAAACAUAAUUGUAUAAAAAUUUUGCGUAAAUAUCAACAUGCUAUUUCAAAUAUUGUUGGCCUGGAUAUUUUUGUUUGUUUGUUUGUUUGUUUAACAGGAGAGGAGUGAAGAAAACAAAGAAAAUUUAAAGUAAAUGACACUUGUGAACAGAA